GACACGAUGUUCCUAUGUUGGCAGUGUAGACCAUGAGAUACUGUUUCUUUUUUCUUGGCACAGUUCCAAAGGUUCCCUGCACCAAGGAUCAGAAGGAGAUCUACAAGAAACUCAUGCAACUUAAGACUAGAAUAGACCUCCUGUGCCGUCCCUGCUCCUGGGACUGGAUACUUUUCCAUGGAAAUUGUUACUUUUUCUCCAUAACUAAACGUAACUGGAAUGAUUCUCUCACUGCUUGCAAGGAAGUAGGGGCCGAACUAAUCACCAUUGAGAGUGAGGAGGAGCAGGCCUUUCUACAGAAGAUGCAGUUAAUUAGAGGCGAUCUCUGGAUUGGGCUGUCAGACAUAAAACAGGACAGCUCAUGGCAGUGGGUGGAUGGUUCACCUCUGUCACCAAGCUUUAACAGCAAAUAUUGGGCCUCAUGGGCAACUGAAGAUGAUUCAGAGAAAGACUGUGCAGAACUGACAAAUGAUGGCUGGAAUGACAAAAACUGUUCUUCAAAGAAUUUCUGGAUCUGCAAGAAGUCACCCGUAUCCUGCUCCAACAACUGAUGGUCAGGUCCUUCCCUCAGUCCUUGCCACUCCAACCUCCCUAGAAAGUGACCAGACUUUACCUAUACUUGUGCUGAUCACUUUUCCUUACUUGCAGGCAAGGAGCUCUUAACAGUAGCUCUGCUGUUGUCUUCUGUCAUGUCCUUCAUCGUCUCAGGUGCUGAUUCAUUGCUGCCUUUCCUCAAAUAUCUCCAGACCCCACUUGGCUAAGUUUGUGUUCUGGCCUUUUUUUGCAAUUUAAUACAAUGUCUAACUGUGAUGUAUCCUCAGGGACUAUGUUUAAAAUAAAAAUGCUGUUUUCCUUGCUGAGAUUA